AUGGACUCUGGGAGCCCCGACCUUCUGGACGUUCUCUUCGAGCGACGGGAAGACCCGUUCCCCACGAGCGCCUUCUCCGGAGCAGACCCCAGACUCAGUUUCCCUCUCCAAGACCACGCUUACGGAUGCAUCUCAGAGAAAACGUGCGAGACGUGGGUGCCCAGCAGGGAACAGGUCCAGAACGACAGUGACCCAGAAGACCUCUUGCAGAUGUUCAUCAACCCCAACGAAGUCUACAGUUCGAGGAGCCCCCUGGCCUCCCCGGAGAGCGACAGCGGCAUUUCCGACGACCCCUGUGCGGACACCCCCUUGCAGAAUGAGGCCGUCUCCCUGGACUUGUCCCCCAGGGCCAUUUACGAGGUCAUCUGCGACUCCGGGUUGAUGGAGGGGGAGACGCUGCCGGCCAACAUCUUCUCCAGCCACCUAGGAAACUGGAGUCCCCCAAUAAUGCUUCCUGAGGCCUGCAUUACGAGCGAAAUUUCACCUGCCCUCUUUCAGAACAUCAUGCAGCCCAGCACGGCAGAAACCUCCAAGGACCAGGGCUCGUUCCUGCAGCAUCACCACCUGGACUUCUUCUUGACGGACGAGGAAAGGCGGCUGCUGACCCAGGAGGGCGUGUCAGUGCAAGGCAACCUGCCCCUCACCAAGGCAGAGGAGCGGGUCCUGAAGAAAGUGCGGCGGAAAAUCCGGAACAAGCAGUCGGCCCAGGACAGCCGGCGGCGGAAGAAGGAGUAUAUCGACGGGUUGGAGAGCCGGGUUGCAGCGUAUUCAGCCCAGAACCAGGAACUGCAGAAGAAACUGCAGGAGCUUCAGACACACAACGUAUCCCUGGUCAGCCAGCUCCAGAGACUCCAGGGCCUCAUCAAGCAGACGUCCACCAAGGCCGCCCAGACCAGAACUUGCCUCGUGAUCCUCAUCUUCUCUCUUGGACUUCUCAUCCUUCCCAGCUGCAGCUCCUUACUUGGGGGGACCCAAAUAAGCCAGGAGGAAUACCGACCUUCUGGAGUGAUCUCCAGAACGAUCCUGACCGAGGGAGGGCUCUCUGAUCCGGAGGAGCCUCCCGGUGCUGACGAACCAGAACCACCUCUUCUGGAAACUGGACCGCUCUGGAAAAGCUCGGGGGAUCCAGAUCCCGGCAGUGGAGAGAAAGGGGUCUGGGAGAGCACGGGGCAGGGACCGCCGGGUCUUCUUGGGAACUCCGAGACGGAGCCAGCAGAGGGUCUGCCGGCCGAAGCAGAGAAGCCUGUGCCCGAAAGAGACCCCACCAAGCAAUUGCAUGCAGAUGAGAUGUGA